AUGACAUCCGAGAAGACGUUUAUCGGUGCCAUAGAUCACGGCACCUCCAGCACGAGGUUUAUCGUCUUCGAUCUACUAGGCCAUCCGGUUGCGAGACAUCAGCAAGAGUUCAAGCAAAUCCAUCCCAAGUCAGGAUGGCAUGAGCACGACCCCGACGUUCUUAUCUCGUCCGUCGUCGACUGCAUUGACAAGGCCGUCGAGAAGUUCGCCCAGCAAGGCCACGACGUGUCGGACAUCAAAUGCGUCGGUCUUACCAACCAGCGUGAGACGAUGCUGGUCUGGGACCGGGAGACCGGCGAGGCGUUGCAUAAUGCGAUCGCAUGGCCCGAUACUCGAACCACCUCGAUCGUCCGCGAACUAAAGGCGAAAGACGGCGCGGACGACCUCCGGUCCGUGUGCGGAUUGCCACUGUCGACAUAUCCGUCAUCCCUGAAGCUGCUGUGGCUGCUUCGAAACGUGGAGGCGGUUCGAAAUGCCUACGAUGCCGGACGCCUGAUGUUCGGGACGGUCGAUACGUGGCUGCUGUACCGACUCACCGGCGGAAAGGACGGCGGCGUGUUCGUGACCGACGCCACGAACGCGUCACGGACGAUGUUCAUGAACCUGAAGACCCUGCAGUACGAGGAGAAGCACCUCCAGUUCUUCGGUCUGGAUCGGUCCAAGAUCCACCUUCCGUCCAUUGUGCCGUCGUCUUCCGCGACGGACUACGGGAAGUUGGGCGUCAGUCGAUUGAAGGGGACUCCGAUCACCGGAUGUCUGGGAGACCAAUCUGCUGCGUUGGUCGGCCAAUUGGGCUUCUCGCCCGGAUCGGCGAAGAACACGUACGGAACCGGAUGUUUCCUGCUCUACAACGUCGGCAACGAGCCGGUGAUCUCCAAGCACGGUCUCCUAGCAACCGUUGCCUACGACUUCGGACGCCCACUGAAGCCAGUGUACGCGCUCGAGGGCAGCGUCGCGGUGGCCGGCAGCGGCAUCACCUUCCUAAUGCAAAACCUCGGCUUCGCCACGCAAUCCGACGACAUCAAUGCGCUGGCGGAAUCCGUCGACGACAACGGCGGGUGCGUCUUCGUCACCGCGUUUAGCGGCCUCUUCGCGCCCUACUGGAUCGACGAUGCCAAAGGUACCAUCUUCGGCAUCACCCAGCAUACACAGAAGGGCCACAUCGUGCGCGCCACGUUCGAGGCCGCCUGCUUCCAGACGAAGGCAAUCCUGGACGCCAUGGAGAAGGACAGCGGCCAGUCGCUCGCCAAGCUGGCAGUGGACGGCGGGAUGAGCAAUUCCGAAAUCUGCAUGCAGACCCAAGCCGACCUGAUUGGAAUCCCCGUCGACCGACCCGCGAUGCGAGAAACGACCAGUCUCGGCGCUGCCAUCGCCGCGGGGUUCGGCGUGGGCCUCUGGCAAAAUCUCGACGAACUGAUGGCGAUGAGUCGCCGGGAUCGAACACAUUUCGAGCCGGUGCUGUCGAAGGAGGCGAGCGCGAAGAUGUUCACGCGCUGGGAGCGGGCGGUGGAGAUGUGUCGGGGUUGGCUGGAUACCACGGAGCAACAAUGACCUCCGCACGGAACCCAGGGCCGCUCCUCACUGGAGCAUGAUGAUUUUUUGCUCGCGUUUUUUCAAAUUCAUUGCGCUGUUAAUUAACCAGUAUUGCGCGGCGUUUCGUUCGCAUGUCUCUUGAUCGCAACUUGCAAGCCAGCUAUGAGCCCUGCGUUGCUUACAAUCGUAUAGACCUAUUCUUUAGUAUAAUGUACGUAUAUCGAGCGAGCGACGAUGCUUCCAAAUCAUUCCGAUCCUUACGACG